AUGUCAGCCGAAGCAGAAGCUGAAGCAGCCAGCCCACCCCCGAAACCAAAGAAGGUGCGCAUCACAGCUUUCGAUGCCAUUCGCUUCUUCUUGAUUGCAUACAUUGUGUGUGGCCACUUCAUCACCUUCGCAGGGCCAAGCCCGUUUGCAUUCAAAGCAAUUUCGCAGAUCAACGUUGUUGUUGGCGCCUUCUUUGCUUUGAGUGGAUAUGUAGCAGCAUACACCACCACCGAGAACGCCGAACGCGCUGCAAGCCCCAAGCUGUUGGGCACGCCAGCUCCGAAGUGGAUCCUCCAGCGCGUUUUUGGGUAUUUUCCACUGCACCUCUUGGUUUUGUUGCUUUUUUCACCGGUCUUCCUGUACGCGGAUGUGAACUUCAACGGCUGGCCCACAGCCUUAUGGCAUGGUUUUCUGUCGGCAGGGAUGCUGCAAGCGUGGUUCCCAAUGCACGCAGAGGUGUGGAACGCUCCAACGUGGUUCUUGUCUGCACUGACCUUUGCCACUGCAAUGUUGCCCUUUGCAUUGCCAAUCCUGGCAAAACAGAGUAAAGCUGAGCUUCGGCGCACGGGCCUCUUCAUCUUCCUCGUGGGACUGCUGCCUAAGCUGGGUUAUUGCUACGACCAUCAGGCGUGGGGAAUGCUGGAAGGAGCCAUGGCUCCAAAAGCUCUACCAAACCUGGCCAUGUUCAACAUGCAGCGCUUCAAUCCUUUCUUUGCUUUGGUCGAGGUCCUGCUUGGGGCCGUAGCUUGCCGCCUUGUCAUGCUGGACGGCGCAGACGGUGAGGAGAAGGCCCAGCAGGGUGACAGCGCACAGGAUUUGAGGAUUCUCGUGGCACCUCGUUGCACCUGCAAGUUUGUGCAAAGUUGGCUGGUUUCCCGCCUGCAGCAUAUGCUCAGAUCAAGCCCGGGCUUUGUGUCAGUAUCCAUGCAUGAGACCUACAAUAGAUGGGCUCCUCAACUCGUUCCCAAGCUGGAAGACGGGGCCUGGCAGUCCGCUCCUAAGGCUCCACAGCUAGGCAGGUCUUGGAACGACGCUUCCAGGUCGCUGGAGGCUGUCGCACUAGCCGCUGCUGCGGAUACCACAGCACGUAUCCGAGCAGCUAGCACGUGCUCCACACGCACACCAAGUGGCACCGGGCGACGAUCAGUUUCAGCCAUUGACGACAGCUCACCGGAUAAGACAGUCCACUACGGAGCUCCCUGGGUCGCUGCAGUGCCAUUGACACCGCUCUGGCACGCAGUGCCGCUCCUACCCCAGGGACCCAGAGCCGACCAAGUCUCGCCUUUGCGUGACAGGGAGCUACAGCAAGCCCGCGAUCUACGGGCUGAGCGUGAGGAGGCGGAUACUCUGCGCCGGCACAAGGAGGAGUUGCAGUUUGAGCUGGCAGACUUGAGAAAGAGGCUCAGUCAGGCGGCUGGUUUGCUUCAGCAUGCACGGAAGCAGACAGGCGAGAUGUCUCUCAGCCACGUGCUCCAAGAAGAGCAGCAAAAGAGCCACGUCUUGGCACAGGAAAGCCAGCAGGUCCGACAUCAGAUGGAACAGCUCAAGGUCAAAUUCAGCUCUGAUGUCCAGCGUUUAGAAGACGCAUGCAAGCAGCUGGAAAAGGAUAAGGCGCAGCUGAAGAAGGCAUUGCGUCAGCGAGAGCAAGGUGAAAGUUCGCUUCGCACUCAAAUCCAAGAGGAGCAGCAGACUCGUCACGACAUGGUCAGGGAAAGAGAAAGUCUGAAGCACGAGCUCCGCAAAAUGCAACAGCUGCAAGAGAAAGCUGGAGACUCUGUGACGCCUCUCAGCUCCAUGCAGUCAUCCUCGUCUUCCUCAGGCUCUGCGAUGAUCGAGGUAGACUUGACGGGGGAGCUUGCAGACUACGCAUACACUUGA